UUACCUGCCACCCUGAGUGACGAGAAGACCAACAUGGUCCUGGCCAAGGUGAUCCAGGUGUUCUGGGCCCCUGAGAAUGCCAUACACAUAGAUGAGGCUCGAGACAACACAUACAACGACAAGAGCAAGAUGUUGCAAUUUGUGCUGCCGGUGGCCACACAGAUUCAGCAGGAGGUUAUCAAUGCCUAUGGCUUCAGCUGUGACGAGAAAAGUGUUCUUAAGUUUGCCUGCUUGGUCAAGUCUUACGAAGCCCAGGAUCCCAAGAUUGCCAGCCUGUCCAGCAAGCUGAAGGCGCUGUUCCUGCCUCCCAUGACACUGCCGCCCCAUGGGCCUGCCUCAGGUGGUGGCAUCGCUGCCUCCUGA